UCACACUGAGCCUCACGGCGGCAGCAGCGGCGGUGGCGGCGGCGGCAGCAGCAGCGGCAGCAGCAGCAACAGGCGGCGGGCCCGGCUCGGGGGCGGAGGCGGCGGAGGGGCGGGGAGCGCGAGGAGGAGCGACGCGGCCCGCGCCGCCGCCUCUUCCCGCCGCAUGGACGAGCACCUCAGCCUGCUGCGCUCACCGCCGCCGCCCUCCGCCCGCCACCGCGCCCACCCUCCCCAGAGCCCCGCGAGCGGCGGCGGCGGCGCCCACACCCUGGUGAACCCCGGCUACGCCGAGCCCGCCGCAGGCCCCGCGCUGCCGCCCGACAUGACGGUGGUGCCCGGGGACCACCUGCUGGAGCCGGAGGCGGCCGACGGCGGCGGGGGCCCGCCGCAGGGCGGCUGCGGCGGCGGCGGAGGCUGCGACCGCGACCGCUACGAGCCGCUGCCGCCCGCGCUGCCGGCCGCCGGCGAGCAGGACUGCUGCGGGGAGCGCGUGGUGAUCAACAUCUCCGGGCUGCGCUUCGAGACGCAGCUCAAGACCCUCUGUCAGUUCCCGGAGACGCUGCUGGGCGACCCCAAGCGGCGCAUGAGGUACUUCGACCCGCUCCGCAACGAGUACUUCUUCGACCGCAACCGGCCCAGCUUCGACGCCAUCCUCUACUACUACCAGUCGGGCGGCCGCAUCCGCCGGCCGGUCAACGUGCCCAUCGACAUCUUCUCCGAGGAGAUCCGCUUCUACCAGCUGGGCGAGGAGGCCAUGGAGAAGUUCCGCGAGGACGAGGGCUUCCUGCGGGAGGAGGAGCGGCCCCUGCCCCGCCACGACUUCCAGCGCCAGGUGUGGCUGCUCUUCGAGUACCCGGAGAGCUCCGGGCCGGCGCGGGGCAUCGCCAUCGUGUCCGUGCUCGUCAUCCUCAUCUCCAUUGUCAUCUUCUGCCUGGAGACGCUGCCCGAGUUCCGCGACGAGAAGGACUACCCCGCCGCGUCGUCGCAGGAGCAGUUCGAGGCGGCCGGCAACAGCACGUCGGGGGCGCCCGCCGGAGCCUCCAGCUUCUCGGAUCCCUUCUUCGUGGUGGAGACCCUGUGCAUCAUCUGGUUCUCCUUUGAGCUGCUGGUGCGGUUCUUCGCUUGCCCCAGCAAAGCCACCUUCUCGCGAAACAUCAUGAACCUGAUAGACAUCGUGGCCAUCAUCCCUUAUUUCAUCACUCUGGGCACCGAGCUGGCUGAGCGACAGGGCAAUGGACAGCAAGCCAUGUCCCUGGCCAUCCUGAGGGUCAUCCGGCUGGUGCGCGUCUUCCGCAUCUUCAAGCUCUCCCGGCACUCCAAGGGGCUGCAGAUCCUGGGCCAGACGCUGAAGGCUUCCAUGCGGGAGCUGGGCUUGCUUAUCUUUUUCCUCUUUAUCGGGGUCAUCCUUUUCUCCAGCGCGGUCUACUUUGCCGAGGCAGACGACCCCACUUCAGGUUUUAGCAGUAUCCCGGAUGCCUUCUGGUGGGCAGUGGUAACCAUGACAACAGUAGGUUACGGUGACAUGCACCCGGUGACCAUAGGGGGCAAGAUUGUGGGGUCGCUCUGUGCCAUCGCUGGUGUCUUGACCAUUGCUUUGCCAGUCCCUGUGAUUGUUUCCAACUUCAAUUACUUCUACCACCGGGAGACAGAAGGGGAAGAACAAGCCCAGUACAUGCACGUGGGAAGUUGCCAGCACCUCUCCUCGUCGGCGGAGGAGCUCCGAAAAGCAAGGAGUAACUCGACUCUGAGUAAGUCGGAGUAUAUGGUGAUCGAAGAGGGGGGCAUGAACCAUAGCGCUUUCCCCCAGACCCCUUUCAAAACGGGCAAUUCCACUGCCACCUGCACCACGAACAAUAAUCCCAACUCCUGUGUCAACAUCAAAAAGAUAUUUACUGACGUUUAAUAUAUGAUGCAAGUGACAUGCUGUGCUCAGUAUUGUGUGGAACGUGCCCCCUUGGUCUGUGUAUGCCCUUGUUUUAUACAUUUCCAGACCAUUCAUCAAGGAAAGGACAUGAAGAAGUGGAACGCACACUUCAUUUUCCCUCUCCCUACUGCUUCAUACUGAAACAGGUGUCUGUUUUGCAAGUGGGCUGCAUUCUCUCAGCUCUCCAUUGUUUUCUCCCCCUCUCUCUAAUAUUGCAAAGAACAAACUUACUUUAAACUUGAUUUCUAGUACACACCCUCUAAAACAAACAAACAAACAAACAAACAAACAAACAAAAAGCAGCUGUACAUCCUGGGAGGAAAUGAAAUUAAAGAACAGUUAGAGUAACCGCCUAACCUCAGAAUUAAAAGACACUUGUUUCUUUACUAAGUAAAGCUGGCACGUACUUAAAGGAUGCUUCAGUGUGAUGGACUGUUCAACAUUAUUGAGUAUUUAGUUCAAUUGCCUACGCUGUGGAUGUGUGGAUGAGAAGUCUGAUUAGAAAAAUGACUUGUAAACCCACCGUGAGUUUCUUUGGUUUUUGACUGGGAUUUCUUCUAUUCGGAACCCCUCCCGGAAUUUUAAAGAUAUAUACAACUUUGAACGAAGGGAAAUGCCUGAGAUGUCCUGAUCUGACUAAUCGGUUGCAACUCUUUGGGGCUUGUUGAGCAUUUCGAAAGGGGUAGACUAACAGAUUCCUCUGAACUUCUGUGUGUGUGUUCCAAGCAACAUCUACCAAAGUGUAGAAACAGAUGUUUUCAGCGCUGCUGAGAGAAACAAACAAAAUUCCUAACGCGUCUGCGAGAUAAGCUUCUGCAGUAUCACAAGAAGAUUAAAGUGGCAGACACUCCUUCCAGCGGAAGUUACUAAUUCGGACCUGACUGAUGCAGUUCCCAUAGCAACCCAUGUUUCCUGGGAAACCCGAAAAAGGUUGUCAUGGCAUCUCUUGCUCUGUAGCCCCACCCCCUAGCCCCUGCUGUUUCCACAGUAACCUUUCCAGAUGGUUCCUACUUACAGGAUGUCGGAAGGAAAACCACUGUUUGAAUAAACCGCACAAAUAAAGUUAUGUCUGAGAAUCUGAGGGUGGUGAAAUGAAUCACAAAAUGCGUUAUUUUUUUACUACAGAAAAUCAUUGAUAUCAUCUCAUAAUGAUUGAAUCGAGAAGGAAAAUAUUGCCUUUGGAAUGUUAGAUAUACACCACAAUGAGGCAUGAUUUGAAUUCAAUGCCAACAAUUAGGCAAUAAUUUAAAAGGAUGCUGUUUUCUUCCUCCAGGAAGUUUCAAGCCAACAGAUGAAAUUUAAAAGCAAAUGUAAAAGCGUUCUGUACAUAAGCAUAUGAAAGAUCCAAUCAGUGUACCUGAAACCUUACUGCAAGGGACCUUGAGAUUUCCUCUUAAAAAAAACAAAAAAACAAAAAAACAAAAAAAACUCCAGAUCCCACAAGAGCACUUGAAAAGCUAAGUAAACUUUAAAAAUAUAAAGGAUGCACGCUUUUUAACUGAGGGAAUUGCAGACAAUCAAUAAAAAAGACGGAUGGGAAGUAACCAAAUCUUGGGGAAAUACCUGCAAGUUUCAGCCACACACCAGGGUUGCCAGAAGACACACAGAGAAUCAGAUACCUGAAGAGUCCCACAUAGAGAACUGUAUUGCUGCACGGACCAGUAGGAUCCUCAUUUUUAAAUUGCCUACAUCAAGAACGCCAUGUUGGUCCUGUCGCUGAUGGGCAGUGAUCUGUCUGCCAGUGCAUAUUUUUGUUUCAGUUGACAUUAAAUAACAUGUCUCUAAUAAAUGCUUUAUAUAAAGGAAACAGCUCUAAAGCUGGAGGAUUCUCUUCGAAUUGUGUGCAAUAUUAAAGAUAGUGAUAGAUGAAGAAGAACAUUCGAAAAUAUUAAGGGAUCAUUUCAACCUUUUGACAUUUUGGUGAAAUUGAAUCACUCAAAAACUAGUCAGUACUGCUGAUAAAGAAAACCUAAAUGUUUGUUUCCAACAAGCCAACUGGUACUGUUUUCUUCUUUCAGUUAAUCACUGGACUCUGUUGAAUCAUGAGAUAUAGUAACGUUAUCUUCUGUGUUCUGGCUUAUGUGCAACCUUAUUUGUGAAGGCGUGUUUUGUACCAAAGGCUCUCCUACGUAGAUUGGCCCAUUUACACAUAAAUAAGUGAAAUCUACACUGUGCCCAGAUGAAUGGUGUUCAAGACAGACUGGCCUAAAAGAAAUGUGCCUUGCUUGAUUCAACAUCCUUUUAUUUUUUUGACUCAAAAUGAUAGAUUUGCAAAUUUGUCUCAUAGGUAGGUUUUAGCUGAGCAUAAAUUUAAAAGUAUAUUAGUACUUAUGUUUAAGUUGUCUAUUUCAGCUAAAAUUUUAAUAUUUGGUUAUAGUUUUCAGCAGUUCAUAGAUAUUAUAAUCACUCAGUUUAGUUUUCGUAUGAUGUUUGGUGUGGUGAGACAAAGCACAUUCUUAAAGAUAUAUUGUAAUAUUUCAUCUAAUGUAUAGAAUUUCCUUCAAAAUUGUACCUGUAAAAGGUUUCUUGACUCAUCCUCUAUUUUUAUAAGUUAUUCCUUUAGAAAUGGAACUUUUUUCAAUAAAAUAAGCAAAGUUUUAGUUGGAAAAGAGAUUUAGGAGGUCAUGAAGAUGAUUUCCCAUUUGGGGACAUUUCACUUCUGUGCCAUUAUUAAUGUAUUUACUGUGACAUUUCAGCAGAAUGGUAGCUAUUUGUAUAUUAUUUAAUAAGCCUUAUGGAAAGUCAAACUGUGAACAUUUGGUAUAAUGAAGACUUUUUUUCACUUUCAUAUUUUAUUUUUGAAACAUACCUGAGCAAAUGCGUAAAUAACCAAUUUCCUGUUACUCAAAUGCAUAGCGACGCUGUUCUAAUAAGAGUGCUUGUAGAAUUUUAAUUACAUCAAAAUAUUUCAGUAGCAAAGCCAAGAUGAUAAUACUUUUUGAUGCCAUGUAAAAGGAAAUACAGGUGAUGAGUUUCAUUGUUAAUAUAUAAGAAUCGAUAACUAAACAAUCUUAUACCUGUUAGCAGCAAAGGAUGUAGGAGAUAAAAUCCAGGUAAUUUUCUUUGAGUCAAUGCCUACAAUGAAUUUUGCACAAUCUGCUGAUAAUUCUUCUGUGGUCAAAAUUUUGAGACCAGAUCACUCUCGGGAAAAGUGAAGUAAGUGACUGAUAAGUAUCUCAGAUUUGAGCUAUGUGAACCUCCCAACUGAAUGAUUUGCAAUUAAAGUGAAAACAUAGCCAAAGCCACCACCAUGUUUUUGUUCUGUUAGCACACAUAGAAGAGACGCUGGCCCAGAGAACUGUCAAUCCAUUCCAGCCACCUAAUACUCAUAACUGAUGUUCACAGACUUGUCAGCAGUUAAAGUAAUUCACAUCAACUAUUGGGAUGAUUGAAACAAACCAAUUAAAUGUCCUAUAAGGGGUUUUAGACAUUCACAUGUUUUAGUAAGGAUCGGUAGGCAUUACAAAAAUAGACACAGGUACUACCUUCAGGAAACACCAAUGACACAACUUUAAGUAUCAUGUAUACUUAAUAUCAUAUCUGCAUUAUUAUUACAGGCCGCGGUUUCAAAUAAAGACAAAACCUGGACUUUGAGAUAAAAGCACAGAAUAGCACCAGAUGAGUAAACUGUCAUAUCUGAUAUGGUUCACCAAAUGUGUAGUAAAAAUACAGUAUUGAUCUAGAUAUCAUGAAACCAGAGUUCUUACCCACUUUCUACCUGUGGGACCCUAGAUAAGUCACUUACUGUUGCUAGGCUACAGUUUCCUAAGUUGCAAGGUGGUUGUGCUGGGUUAAAUAAUCCCCAAAGCCCAUUCUCAGCCCCCAAAUCCUCAUUUAUACACAUUUGAAAAGUCUUUGAAGAAUACUUAAAGUACUCAGAUUUUUCUUACGCAUCUCCAAAGGAAAGAGUAAAUUGAAAUAAGAUUUAAACCUUUAAAGGGUCAUAAAUAUACCAUUCUUCAAAUUGAUUGUGAGAAGAGGAAAUAGGAUGUUUUUUCUCCUCUAAGAAUUGUCACUGGCCCAUAAUGGGAUCAUGAAAAAGUAGAAAACCCACUGUGCAGAAUGGAAACAGAUUAAUGAAAUAGCUGCAAAGGAAGAGGAGGUUAUUUGUUCAAUUUAAUUAGAACUUAAUGUGAUUUGAAAUUACAUAUGAAAUGCUAAAAACAGUUCCAGAGCUGUACUGCACACUCAACAUUAUAAUCCUGGACUAGAAAGUGGGAGAAGGUUGGAAGGAUGGGGAUGUUUGCCUUAUGAUCUCUUGAUUUUUUUUUUCCCCACAAGAAGCAGUUUGGUAGAGCUUAAGCAAGUGUCUUUGCUUUAGUGCUGGCUCUGCUAAUAAUUUAUGUGCCCUAGGAAAGUCCCUUUGACUUCUCUGAGCCCUAGUUUCUUUAUUUGUGCAAUGAAGACUUUAAAUUUAGUAAUCUGUACGUUUCUUUAUAUCUUUGAAAAUUCUAUAAUGUUUCCAGAAUAUUCUGAUAUGCACAUACAUGUUGCUCCUCUCCAGGCACUAAGAUGCCACAGAUCUCUGUUCAUAUGACUGAACAGACUACAAAUCCAAACGUUCAUAUUUCUAAUUGACCUCAGCAAGACAUUAAAAAAUGUAACUUUUAAUUUGGACCAUGGCUUAACUAUUAUGACUUAUCAUUUCAUCUUUGAAUGGUGGGUUAGUUACUAUAUAAACAAAAUUUCUGUGCAAGUGAAUCUUCCGUUUAAAUCUUUGUAGUUUAAUAAACACUUAGCAAACCAGGAUUAAAUAUAUUAUGCUUGCCAGUGAACUGUAGCUGACUGCAAGGUGCGUUUUUGUCACAUUAAAAAGGUAACGCCGUUUUUGGUCCCAGAAUUCAAAUGACUAUAAUUUGAAAUAAUAUUCACAAAAUGUUGUAAACUUUUGUGAAUACAAAAGAGGCCUGGUGGAGCCAUGUUGUAAUUAGUUUCGCUCAGGAGUGAGAAACGAAAUUCAGGGAUAACCCAAACGCUUCUGUUUGGCUUUUGUGGACAAUUGGAAAAAGACGGGUUAUAGCUUUUGUACAACAUAGAUAAGAGAUAAUUAUACCCAUUGAAAACCAAGAGUAUAUUCUGGUUGCUGGUUUUAUGGUAGAAAGAGAUUAGGAUAGAAGGAUGCUAAAAUAUGGACACUAGGGAAAUUGUUAAAAUGAUAGCAGUCCAUUUGAAUAAUCUAGAAAUAUUUUGUCAUAACGAGAUUAUUUGUCCAGAGGUUUAGUCUUCUAUCCUUCCAUUCAGAAAAGGGGGCAGUUUUUAAAGGCCUCUAUCACAAUAGGAAAUGUAUAUUUUGACUAGCCGAGCAAUUCAUUAAAACAUUUAAUCUGAUAAUUUUUGGUCUUGUGAAUCUGAAUUUUCACUUUAGGUGUAAUUGAGUCUCUUAUAUAUUCGUGUUAGUGAUAUUUGUGAAAAGUAACUUUAUCCAUUUUUUUUAAAGUUGACGAAAUUUGCUCAAUGGUGAUUCUAUCAAAUUGUGUUCAUAUUGUAUCUUGCAACAAUUUGUGAACUGACCAUACAGAAACAAACCAUAGUAGUAUCUCUUCUGGUGAAUUGUAUCCAUGGUGUGAUCUCUUAAUGCUGGGUUUGGGGCGGGAAGGUUAAGUAUUUAGUUGACUUAAAACUAAUUGUCAAAGUGUUUUUAAAACUGUAGGACUAUAAACCAAAUAGGAAUAUACUCUUCUUUUGUUCAGUGUAGACCAUUUUUGGAACUACCCCAUACAAUGGCAUAAUUUGGGGUAAAAAGUUCCUCUAUAUGUAUACAAGGGAAAGCAAACAGUGUAUGUAGUAUUUCCAUGUAGUAUGUUAAAUGUAAUAAUAACAAUAAUCCAUUUCUGAAAUCGUAUACAGAUAGUAAUUAUGCAGACAUCCAAAUACGAUUUUUUCAUAGCAACGUCUAACAUUUGUUUAUCUCAUACUUUGCAAAGAUCAUUCACAUCUUAUUUAAUCUUUAAAAUAUCCAUAUGAAGUAAUAAUAGCAUCUGAAGUUUAGAGAUUAACCAACCAGUGGAAAGAUCAAGUGACUUGUUCAAGACCAUAUGGCCAUCAAAUGGCUCCAAAUCUCAUUUUCUUUACACUGUUCUCCCUUAUGUUAUUUUGCCAUUAGCUGUAAAACUUCAGCUGAAAUCUAAUUCUACAUGAUAUGUUGGGAAAUUUCAGAGUUGGAGAACGAGGCAUUUUUUGCUAUUAACAGACCUUGUUAGAUACUUCCAAAAGAGAGUCCUCCCACAGGGUGAUAGCCAAACAUUUUCCAUCUAGAACAUAAUUAACUCCACCAACCCUGAUCAUAGACACCAAAUCCACGUGUUGUCAUAAUGUUAUCUUCCUCCCUAGCUUUCUAAUUUCCCUAGACAAGUUAUCUUCUUCCCUAGCUUUCUAAUUUCCUUUAAAAAAAAAAAAAAGUCUACCAUAGUAACUGACUUCUGAACAGUUGAAAGAAGCAAUAACCCAAGAAAUGGCCAACAUUCUGAUUCAGAGAAAAAGUACCGUCAGACCAACCACUGUAACCAAUUUUCAGCCCACUGUCUUUCGUCACAUGUAUGCUGUGAUUAGCAGAGGACAGGGAAGGAGGAGAGGAUAGAAAAACUGUCUUCAUUUUAAGAAAACUCCUUAUUCUAACUAUUCAAAAAGAAUUGGUUAUCAAAUAUUAGACUACAGGAUUAAUACCUGCAUUCUAAUACAUGUUCAAAUACAUGGUAAAGUUUAUCCCCAUAUUUAAAAAGUAGGUAAUUUCCCUGAUAAAAUUAAAAUCUGAUGACUGCUCAGUUUGAAUAUAGAGAAGAUUCAUGUGUUAAUUCAUGACAUAAUACAACAUUUUUAUUCUUUCUUUUUAAACAACAGAGAGGCACUGUUAACUGCUUUCCCUUGUAAAUCAACAGUCUGUGAUACGUUCUGUACUUUUACUCACUAGUAAUGCAAUGUUAUUGUGCAUAAUUAAGUGGAACAUAUGCUAUAUUAUAUCAGAAUUUAAAUUUUGCUAACCUUAAAUUUAGUUCUCUUUAUCAAACAGAUAAGUCAAUCAAGUAUUAUUUUGUAUGGAAUGAAAUAAUCAUUCUCAAAUAAUGACGUAGUAACAAAUAAUGGAAUUCUGAAUAGAAUGUAAAGUCAAAACUUCUUUUCUAUAUUCGUCUUCCUUUGACAUUGAAUUGUGUUCACUAAUCACUUAUUAAUGUAAAGUUUAAAUAAGUUUUUAUGCCGUGUUCUUGGAUGUUCUUGUCAUAAUACAUUCGAGCCUUCUGUUAAGUAAAUACAGUAAAUACCUGUGAGUUGAUUAUGUGAUAUUUUUAUCUGACCCAUUUUUUAAAAUUUGUCGUUGUAUUUAAAGUAUUUUCAUGGCAAAUGUUAUGUGCGGAAUUCAAUAAAAUACCCCCCAAAAUCCUGUUACUCCUA